AUGGCAAGCUUCCCAGACUCUAUUAACGAAAAUGAUAUAGGUAAGGCAAAGUUCAUUGGUGAACUCCUGGUGCCUGUUGCUCCCUUUGACCAGAAGUCUGGACGCGAAGCUUGGACUGUAGCCUUUGCGCCCAAUGGUUCUUACUUCGCUUGGUCUCAGGGGCAUCGCAUUGUAAGGCUUAUUCCCUGGACAAAAUGUCUGACCAAUUUUUCAGUGGGCCAAGAUGGAGAGAGCACUAAUGCCUUAAGUCCCCGACGCGUUUCCCGUCAGAACAGUGAUGGAAGCCAGUGUGUACAGACAGCCGGUGAUCCCAGAGAGCACACCAUUGACUGCGGGGACAUUGUCUGGGGUUUAGCUUUCGGUUCAUCCGUGCCCGAGAAGCAGAGCCGCUGUGUAAACAUCGAAUGGCACCGGUUCAAAUUUGGCCAGGACCAGUUGCUGCUGGCAACUGGACUCAACAAUGGUCGCAUAAAAAUCUGGGAUGUUUACACUGGAAAACUGUUGCUGAAUCUGAUGGAUCAUUCUGACGUAGUGCGAGACUUAACCUUUGCUCCUGAUGGCAGUCUCAUGCUGGUCUCCGCAUCCAGAGAUAAGACCCUCCGUGUGUGGGACCUCAAAGAUGAUGGUAACAUGGUGAAAGUUUUGCGGGGUCACCAGAAUUGGGUCUACUGCAGCGCCUUCUCCCCUGACUCAACCAUCCUGUGCUCAGUCGGCACAGGCAAAGCAGUGUUCUUAUGGAACAUGGAUAAAUACACGUUAAUCCGGAAGUUGGAGGGCCACCACAAUGACGUGGUGUCUUGUGAGUUUUCACCAGAUGGGGCACUGUUGGCCACUGCCUCUUAUGACACACGGGUCAUUGUCUGGGAUCACCACAAGGCCACCAUCCUUCUUGAGCUAGGCCACCUCUUUCCUCCACCAUCACCUAUUUUUGCUGGAGGGUCGAAUGACCGCUGGGUGCGCUCUGUGAGUUUCUGUCCCGACGGCCGCCACAUUGCCAGCAUUACUGAUGACAGACUGGUUCGUUUCUGGAGUAUUGAAGAAAGAGCUCCUGAGGCCAUCGCCUCGCUCUCCAAUGGCCUUUGCUGUGCCUUCUCUCCUGAAGGAAGUGUCCUUGCUGCUGGGACUCGUGACGGCGGUGUGCACUUUUGGGAGUGUCCUCGUAGCACUGCUAGCUUGCAGCAUUUGUGCAGGAUGGCUCUUCGGCGGGUGAUGACCACGCAGCAGGUGGAGUCGUUGGCCAUUCCCAAGCCGCUCCGUGACUACCUGGCCUACAAAGUCAUCUGA